AUGAAGCUGACGGGUAACUCUUUGGCCGUUUUGGCUGCGGCUGCUGCCCUUCCACUUACAGCCAGCGCCGCGUCGAGUGGAAGCGGCCCAGACAAGGACGGCAAGUAUUGGAUUCGCGCAAAGGGCAUCGAGGCGUCAUUCAUACCGUAUGGAGCGUCCAUUUCGAACUUGUUCAUCAAUGACCGCUACGGCAUCCAGCGCGAUCUCGUCGGCGGCUUCGACAAUGCCACCUACUACGGCAUUGACAAGCAGCAUCCGCACUUUGGCGGCGUGCCGGGCCGGUACGCGAACCGCAUCAAGAACAGCACCUUUGUCAUUGACGGCAAGACAUAUCACGCGCCGCCGAAUGAGAAUCCCACAAAGGCCGCACCCAAUGGGUCGGACACGCUGCACGGAGGCCCUGACGGCUGGGACUGGCGCAACUUCACCGUGUCGGCGCACACCGCGACGAGCAUCACCUUUAGCAUAGUCGACCCGGACGGAAAGGAGGGAUUUCCCGGCGAGGUCGUGUCGCACAUCACGUACACGGUGCAGGAAAACCAGUGGGAUUUCAAGAUGGUGGCGCUGGCGACGACCAAGAAGACGCCCAUCAUGCUCAGCAGCCACACGUACUGGAACCUGGAUGGCUAUGCUAAUAACGAGACCCAGACGGCGCUGAACCAUACGCUGCAUCUUCCGUAUAGCGGACAGCGCGUCGAUGUCGAUGGAUUCUUGAUCCCGACGGGCGACAUUUUGGCGAACAAGAAGAACACGGCGAAUGACUUUUGGUCGCAGCCGAAGCAGCUUGGCAAGGGAUUCCAGCAGAGUGGCAUCAAGGAGAAUUGCGGUAACAACUGUACCGGCUUUGAGACAUCAGAUACCUGCUACCUCGUCAACCGGGAUGCUCUGGGCCCCUUUGACUGGCGUACUGAAGGCCCUGUCGCGAGUCUGUCAUCGCCUUGGUCGGGCAUCCACCUGGACGUCUAUUCGGACCAGACGGCCUUCCAGGUGUACAGCUGCAACGGGCAAAACGGCACGCUGGCGUUGAAGAAGACGCAGGGCCUGCACAAUAACAAGCAUUUCCCGAGAACGAUUCCAAAGUACGGAUGUCUGGUGAUGGAGGUGGAGGACUGGAUCGACGGCAUCAACAACCCCGAAUGGGGGAGGAAGCAGAUCUGGGGACCGGAUGAUGGUCCGUAUGUGGUUCAGGCGAGCUACAGGUUCAGUAUUGAUGGCAAGAAGAAGAAGAGUUCGUAG